AGCCUGGGGCGGGGGCGGGGCCUCCCGGAGCCGCGCUAUUCCUGUCCGGGUGAGCUGCCCGCCUGUUAUGUGUGGCGCCCAAUCGCUCCUCUGACCUUCCGUGCUGCCCCGCGGCCUCCUCCCUAAUCCCCCAAGCUUUGAUUUGAUCCUUUGCGGGGAACACACUCCCCCCCACGGGUCCUGUGGCCAGCUGUCUCUGGCCCACGCCGUGGCCCGCAGAACCCGUCCUCCUAGCCCGGCCCGGGAAGUCAGAGCGUUCCCGCCGCCCUCCGGGGCCGCCCCAGUCGCCUUCGCAUCUGAGCACCAGCACCCCGGGGGCAGUCUGCCGGCGGCGUGGCCCUUCCAGGUGAUGGUGUGCGGCCACUGCGGCCCCCUGCGCGCAGGUGUGGGCUCCCCAAGCUGGGCUGGGGAGGGGGCUUUGGGCAACGCACUGGCAGCCUGUAUCAGUGGCCCCUGUGCUCCCUGCGUCACCGCCGCCACCCUGCCCUCCACUACUAGGGGCUGCUGGACACCGUCCCGGGGCGACACUUGCGCUGCGAGGGGCACGGGACCACUUGCGGUCCUGGAUGACGGAGCCUUGGGCUUUAACCUGAGCAGGCAGGCAUGGGCUCCUGCUAGGGGUGCUGCGAGAACCCUGGGGGUGCCAGACCGCGGGAUGCCUCCAGCCGCGCCCUGCGGGCCUCCACCUCAGCCCGGCCGCUCCCCGCCCUGGGCACCAUGAGUUAUUUCCUGUCUUACUGCAAAGCUCAUGGCGGCGCGCUGCUCACCGGUUACCAGGCCCUGCGCGCCGAGGGCUUCCUGUGUGACGUGACGCUGGAGGCCGGGGGCAGCGAGUUCCCGGCGCACCGCUCACUCCUGGCCUGCGCCAGCGACUACUUCAGGGCCCUAUUCAAGAGCCACACCAGAGAGUCCCGGGAGAGCGUCAUUCGCCUGCACGUGCCUUCGGCGUCCGGCCUGCAACGCCUGCUGGACUUCAUCUACACCGCCUGGCUGCCGCUCUCCAUGGACACCGUGGAGGACACCCUGGAGGCCGCCAGCUACCUGCAGGUCACGGAGGCCCUCGAGCUGUGCGGCCGCUACCUGGAGCGCCAGCUGGCUCCGGACAAUUGCUGCUUUGCCGCCAAUAUGGCGGCGCGCUUCGGCCUGGAGCACACGUUGGGUGCGGCCGAGCGCUGCAUCGUGCGUCACUUGCACGAGCUGCUGGCGCGUGGCCCGGGCUCUUCGGGCUUGCUCGAGCUCAACCCCUCGUCACUGCGGGCCGUGCUAGCUGCCCCCGACGUGGUGCGGGUGCCUGAGGCCCGGCUGCUGGGCCUGGCGCUGGCCUGGCUGCGGCGGGAACCUGAAGCCGAGCGCCUGGCGCACUGUACUGCACUGCUGGAGCACGUCCGCUUCGGCCUCGUGCCGGCUGACGUGCUGCGUCGCGUGUACUCGGGGGCUGGCCUCACGCUGCCCGCCCGCAUCAAGGGCCUCAUCAUCCAGGCCCUCAACUACCACAGAGCGCCCUCUCGCCAGCCGCUCCUACAGGGCGAGCAGACCAGUCUGCGAAGCCCCCAAACCCGCAUCUUGUUGGUGGGAGGGCGUAGGGGGCGGGAGGCGGUCCUCGAGGAGGAGGAGGUCGUGGCCCUGCCCCGUGCGGCCAGGGGCCGGGGCGCCGCUGAACCCCAGGAGGAGGCGGUGGAGGAGGAAGAGGUGGAAGAGCAGAUGGAGGAGGAGGAAUGGGAGCUCACCCAGGCAGUGGUGGCCUUCGACGUGUAUAACCACCGCUGGCACGGCCUAACCCGGCUGCCCUCCCCGCUGCUAGGGCACAGUGUGUGCACUCUGGGCAAUUUCCUGUUUGUCUUGGGCGGAGAGAGGCCCUGUGGCAGCUCCCUGGCUGCCGGGGCUAACGGCCCGCGGGCGAUCACGGCUCAGGUGCACCGCUAUGACCCGCGCUUCCACGUUUGGACAGCCGUGCCCGCCAUGCGGGAGGCGCGGGCUCACUUCUGGUGUGGCACCGUGGGCGAGGGGCUCCUGGCCGUCGGGGGCCUGGGCGCGGGGGGCGAGGCACUGGCCUCGGCGGAGAUAUACGACCUGCGCAGGGACCGCUGGACAGCGGCGGGGGCGCUGCCGAGGGCGCUGCAUGGCCACGCGGGUGCCGUCGGGGACCGCUGCGUGGUCUAUAUCUCUGGGGGCAAGGCGGGGACAAGCGAGGGCGGUGUGAACAGCCUCCGAGACGUGUAUGCCCUGGCCCCCGGGGACCGCACCUGGAGCAAGAGGGCUCCCAUGGGCACGGCCCGCUUUGAACACCACAUGGCUGCGCUGCGGGGCGCGGUGUUUGCCUUCCUGGGGCGUUAUGAACCCUUCUCUGAGAUUGAGCGCUAUGACCCAGCUACUGACCAGUGGACCCGCCUGCGGCCUCUACCCUACGACCGCUUCUGCUAUGGGCUGGCAGUGGUGGAGGAGACUGCACUGCUGCUGGGAGGCCUCAAAUGGCGGGACUCGCGUCAGGUGCCUACACGCAACGUGGUGGGCUAUGACCUUGACCUGGAUCGCUGGGAGGACAUCGGCUGUGCGCUGCCCUGGGCCUGGAGUGGCCUGCAGUGCGCGGUGCUGCAGCUACCUGAAGGUGGGGAAGAGGAGUGGGAGGGAGAGUCCAGAAAGGCGCUGGAUUCGGUGCUGGACCUGCUGGGUUAGUGUAAUUCCUGGAUCUCUCUCGACGUGGUUUACAGAGCAAGGAACAAGUGGACUUUUCCUAGGGAUGAGAUUCCUAGAACAGAGUGGCUUGAAAAUUAACAAAGGACAUGAAAGUUUGCCUAAAGAACAUUUCCCCCUUAGCUGAGAGUGGGAGAAAAGGGGUUUGAAACAGAAGAGAAUAUAAAUUCACGUUUGUGAGCUAGAGACUUCUAGAUAGACUAAUGUUGGGCCUCAGAUGUAUUUUUGAAAAUAAAGCCUGACCUCGCUUACCCUUUUAAAGUGUUGCCCCAGGUGAUUACUUUUGUGCCAAGCAAAUAAGAAGCCAAAAAUAUGUGCCACAAGAAGUGUAGAAGAGUGAAAAGAAUGUGCCUUGGUCAAAUAGCAUCAAGUCAAAGGACUCUGGGUGGGGGUGGGGGCACUUUCAGGUCCUAGAGCACAAUGACGGAGGAAGACCUAGGCUGGAGGGUUAGAGUGUUUUGUAGAAAAAUGAGAAAUUUUACACAUGUACCAAUGAUUAUAUUGACUGUAAGCCAUUAAUCCCACCAAUAAAAAUAUUUAAAAAAAUA